AUGAUAGGUAACUUCCAUGCUGAUACUAUCGAUGAAGACGAGGUCCUCGCUCAUUUCCUCGAAUUAGAGAUCCUCUCCAAUGCCCCGCUGUCACAGGACGAUGGAGAGAAGAAGGCUGCGGAGUCAAUUGAAUCAAAGCGGCCAUUGAAGAAGCCCUGGGAUGAGGAGAUAGAGGGGUACAGUAGCAGGUGGCCUCCAAGCCCAAUUGAAAAUGGCAUCUUCGGCGAAAUACUUCCUGAGCUUUACCAUCACAUCCUUAAAUUCCUCUCAUCUGAGAAUUUGAUUGCUUGCUCUCGUGUUUGCCGAUUCAUGAAUUUUGUGACGUCCGAUGAAUGCCUCUAG